AUGUCCUCUGAGCAGUCCUUCUCUCAGGCCGACCUCCGCAAGACUGCUCAAGACUACAAGCGCGACGCUGCACGCAAGCACAAAUGGGCCUUGGGACAGUCCGAGGGUGUCGGUCGAGCGGUUGGCAAGCCACGGCCUCAUCGGCCCUCUGAGACGUAAGUUGCUUCGGAUUGACUGCCGAGACGCGACCGCCACUGACAGCCCCACAGCAGCUUCAACAUGAAGCGCCGCGAGGAGAAGAGUGCCGUGGCAUCUCUCGCUCACGGCGCCAAAGUUGCUCGCAAGCACGACAUGCUCGAGGGCGCGGCCAUGACGGACGACUCUUCUGGCAGCAACUCAGACGAUUAUGAUGAGAAGCCUUCGCCGGCCGCCGAUGCCACUAUCACGUACUCUUUCGACGCCGCUCGUGGCCCGACCAAGGGCAGCCAGAUCUUGAACGUUGCUCUUGCUAAGGCGGUCGAGAAGUUUGAAGAGAGGGAGACGAUCGAGCUUGUGAAGACCGAGUACGAGCUUCUCGACCAUGAGGGAGAGACCGUCGGUCCAUCUCCGGAGAAGAAGCGCAAGAACAAGUCCAACAAGGUCGCCGUGCCAGAUCUUCCUUCGGCUGCUGUCCCAGACGCCGAUGAGGAUUACGAGUUUGUCUAA